CUGAAAGCGACGCUGCGCCGGCCCCAUCUGGAUCGGAGUCUAAUUCGGCCUCUGGCCCACUGGACUUGGGACGGGGAACGCUGCCGCGGGCCCAGCCGAGCGAGACCACCUGUGAGGGCGGCUGAGAUUGGCGGAGGCGGUCAUGUGGGCGGUCACGUGCUGCAGCGAGCUCCGUCCAAAAGAAAAUGGGGUUUGGUGUAAAUCUGGGGGUGUAAUGUUAUCAUAUAUCACGCUACCUCGUAAAACCGACACUGAAAGCUGCCGGACAACAAAUCACAGGUCAAAAUUAUGAGUUCUUCGUAUUAUGUGAACGCGCUUUUUAGCAAAUAUACGGCGGGGACUUCUCUGUUCCAAAAUGCCGAGCCGACUUCUUGCUCCUUUGCGCCAAACUCGCAGAGAAGCGGCUACGGGGCGGCCGCCGGCGCCUUCCCUUCGACCGUACCGGGCUUGUACAAUGUCAACAGCCCCCUCUAUCAGAACCCCUUCGCGUCUGGCUACGGCCUGGGUGCCGACGCCUACGGCAACCUGCCCUGCGCCUCUUACGACCAAAACAUCCCGGGGCUCUGCAGUGACCUCGCCAAAGGCGCCUGCGACAAGGCAGACGAAGGCGCGCUGCACGGCUCGGCCGAGGCCAAUUUCCGCAUUUACCCCUGGAUGCGGUCUUCAGGGCCGGACCGAAAGCGGGGCCGCCAGACCUACACGCGCUACCAGACGCUGGAGCUGGAGAAGGAGUUCCACUUCAACCGCUACCUGACGCGGCGCCGCCGCAUCGAGAUCGCCCACGCGCUCUGCCUCACCGAGCGCCAGAUCAAGAUCUGGUUCCAGAACCGCCGCAUGAAGUGGAAGAAAGAGCAUAAGGAGGAGGGUCCGGCCGCUUCCGGCGCCCCCGAGGGUGCCGCGCCCGCCGCCUCGGCAGCCGCCGCUGCCGCCGCCGCCGCGGACAAGGCCGACGACGAGGACGACGACGAGGAGGACGACGACGAGGACGAGGAGGAGGAGGAAUGAGGCCCGGCUGCCCCAGGCAGUCUGGAAAGCGUCUUUAGAGACUGAUUUUAUUUACAAAAGUGAAAAAAAAUAAUAAGAAAAUGUUAAAAAAAAGAAAAAAACCCACUCCCCAACCUGCACCCAAUCUACCCCAUUACCCACUCCAGCUCCCAAAAUUUUUUGGACUGAACAGUCACCAGACUGAGUCCCGUUGGGGAUCCCCUCUGCCUCUGAGGACCCCCAACAGACACCCCCAACCCUAGGCCGACCAGCUUUGCGCUGGCACGGUUAAAAUACUACCUAGCACAGGCCUCCUCCGGGAGAGGCACUCCCAAACUACCUAUGGGCCCAGCCCCAGAGGGGCUCCACUCCCAGGAAGCCCAGAAGUGUCCCAACACUGUCAGACCCCCAGCACCUCCCCCGGUACCGGCAAGGACCUGAUUCUCAGUACUACCUACUCGCCCCAAACUACCUAUUUUGUGCUCGCUGGCUCGCCUGCUACCUAGUGCCGAACCCUCCCCCCUCCUCGGCCAGGCCUCUGCUGCUUCCGGCUAGUAGCCUUUGGGGUCCCUGAGGCUGCGCUGAGAAGGCGCUGGGAUCCGGGGACCAGGGCAUUGGCUUCUAUUUAAAUGGAAAAAUAAUAUAUUUAUUCCAAAGCAUUCUAAGUGCUACAAUCUAGAAUUCCUCUUUCUUUGGUCUGGGCACCUCAUGUUCAGGCCCAUUAUCCCCUCCUUCUGGAGCAUUCCCAAGCUAGCUGCCUGGGCCUCUGGGUUCGCUUCUGCUUAGUAGGACUGCAGAGAUGCUCCCAGCCUCCCUGCCCCACCCCUGGCCCCUGUGUCCCACUGUCCAGCCAUGUUGAAUAUGUGUAUCCUGACUUUUCCUGCAAUGGCAAAUAUUGUAUAUUUGAAAAUGAAUUUUUUUUUUGGUCAUUUAUAUAGUCUUGGAGCUCAUUUGUAAGGCAAUGUCCUGACUUGGGAAGGAUGUGUUAAUGGGGUGGCUUUGUAGCAUGGUGUGUUGUCUUGAGCUAACUCUAUAGCUGGUGAGUGGACUGAUGCCCUCGCCAGUGCCCUUCAUCUCCUGUGUUGUCCUGUGUCCCCCUCAUCCCUCUCAGCUCUAGCCUGGGCUUCCAGGAACGGGAAGGUACAUUUUCCUACACUUCCCGUCUUGCCCAGUUAACAGUGUUUUAUGUAACAGAAAAAUAAAGAUGCUU